AUGACCUCCCCAACCUCGCAUCAUCCAUCCGCCCCCACCCCAACCCCAACCCCAACCGUCCUCCCCCUCCCAAUCCGCCUCCCCCCCGUAACAGUCCACCUCACCCACCACCCGGGUACCACCCUCUUCUCCAAAUCCAUCCCCAUCCCCACCGACCUCCUCCUCACCCUCUCCCUCCGCGCAAUCGCCCUCAUCUACCCCGCCGCAUCCUCCACAACCCUCCCGCCCCUCGCGUCGAUCAGCCUGCAUGUGCGCCCGUUCGAGGGGAUCGCGCAUACCACCCAUUCCCACACCACAUGCACCGACACGCCCCCGCCCUCGGACGCCAUUCCGCCCUCGGGAACAAUCACCUCCGAGAUCCAUCUCAGCAGCACGUACAUCCAGAGCGUGCACGCCACCAACGCCUCGGACGUGAAAGCGACGACGCAUGAAAUACUCGGCGUCCUCCUCCAUGAGCUCACACAUGUCUGGCAAUGCUACGUCGCCGCUCCCGCGCCGCACUGGAUCGUCGAGGGGGUUGCUGACUACGUGCGGCUGCGCGGGGGGCUGGCCGCGCGCCAUUGGCGGAGGGGGGUCGGGGGGAAUUGGGCCGAUGGGUAUGAGCGGAGUGGGUACUUUUUGGAUUGGUGUGAGGGGAAGUGGGAGGGGUUGGUGGGGGAGUUGACGAGGAGGCCCGCGGAGGAGACGGUGAGGGGGUGGACGGGCGUGGAGGUGGGGGUUUUGUGGGAGAGGUAUCAGGCGUGGUUGGAGGAGGAGGGUGGGGAGGCGGCGGGGGUGAGCGUGCCGACGCAUGGGGUUGAGGUGCCGAUGCCUACGCAUGAACCUGCGUAA